CAACGGGCGCGUGCGUCAAGAGGAAGGGCCGCAAGUCUCUCCAAAAUGGCGACGACCAUAGAGAGUGGCAAUGCUGGAGCUGCAAAUAAGAAAAAACACCUCGGAAUCCCCGAAGCAAUAUUUGUGGAAGAUGUGGAUGCCUUCAUGAAACAGCCAGGCAAUGACACAGCAGACGCCGUACUGAGGAAGCUGGAUGAACAAUAUCAGAAAUAUAAAUAUAUGGAGCUCAAUCUGUCUCAGAAGAAACUCAGGUUGAAAAGCCAGAUUCCACAAAUCAAACAGACAUUAGAAAUUCUACGGCACAUGCAGAAAAAGAAGGACACUACAGAUCCCAUGGAGACACAUUUUCUGUUGGCUGAUAACGUCUAUUGCAAGGCCUCUGUCCCACCCACAGACAAAGUGUGUUUGUGGCUCGGGGCUAAUGUCAUGUUGGAGUAUGAUAUUGAUGAGGCUCAGGCGCUGUUGGAAAAAAACCUGGGUACAGCUUCCCGUAAUUUGGACUCUCUGGAAGAGGACCUGGACUUCCUCAGAGACCAGUUCACAACCACUGAAGUCAAUAUGGCACGUGUUUACAAUUGGGAUGUCAAGAGAAGGAGCAAAGACAACCUCCUCAAAUCUGCUGAGCAGUCCUAGAAAAGGAGGCCUAGUUUGGUCCCACCCCACUCGAAUUCCUUCCCCAUCAGAAAAUUCACCAACAUCUCUGUUUGCACCAACUGUUAUCUGUUGAUUUAUUACUUUUUAAGGUAUUUUUUCAAGUAAAAAGGUGAAAAAAACAUCAAACAAAAUAAUGGUAGGUUUUUUUUGUUUGUUUUUUAUGAUGAAAUAUUAGCUUUUUCAGAUUCUGAUUUUUUUUUCUUCAGAUUUCUCCAUAGGGUCUACACAUUAGUCUUCCUCUGUGCCCUUUUUCCUUUCAUUUGAUGUUUGGUAAACAUUGCAAUAUGGUCCUAUUUCUUUCUGUGGAAUUUUUCUUGCCAAAACGUGGUGAGAUCAUUGUCAAAAUGCUGCAUGCAGAAUAUCAAGGGGACGUCUGGUUUCAUUCAAUACCUUGCUUCCUUCUCAACUUCCCUUUUCCUCCUUUUUUCAUCUCUUGUCCUUCAUCUGUGUUCAUUUGUCACACUGUAGCCAUUAAACACUGAACAAGGAACUAAUAAUGAAGCGUUUUGAGAAGGCACAAAUUUGGUGAGCUGGUCUGUGUUUUUAAUCUGCGUAGCUUUUUAUAAUUCCUCGUCUGAUUGAGGUUCUGGCAGUGAGCGAGAUGAAAAAGCUUUGAGUGCAACUAAUUAAAUAUGUGCAUGCAA